GCGAUGUGCGUCUUUCAGGCGUGACGUAUAAUCUAGUGGACGGUUCUUCAGAAACAGCUCGUCAACCACCUCGGUAGCUUGCUAGCCAACAUAGCCGAAAGAUCCAAGCUAUUUAUUCGCUUUCGGUGUAUAUUAGCUACUGUGUUUUAGACACACUUCGGUCGUAUCUACUUGUUAACCUAUUUAAUAUUACAUUAUUUUGUAUUAGUCAGCUAUAGUAGCUGGCUGGUUAAGUUAGCACUGGUCUAGUUGCUAAUGAUAGCUAGCUAGCAUCCCCGAACAUGAGCUCACUAAACUACUCGCCUCCUGUUAAAGAAGAGGGGGUCUGCUGGACGGAGAAAGAAGCUCUGGGGCUGAACAUUGUCAUGAAAGAGGAGGAUGUGACAGUAAAACAAGAAGUAGAGAUUGAGGCUGUGACAGUGAAAGAAGAAGAGAAAGAAGUUUCAGUGAAAGAGGAAGACGCGUUCAGAGUGAAAGAGGAGGAUGUGGCAGUAAAAGAGGAGAAAGAGGAUGCAUGUUUUGGAGUGAAAGAUGAGGAGGGGGAGAUGACUGUCACAUUGAAAGAUGAAGUCGAAGAGGAGGAGAAAGGAGAUAUGAUUAACACCAGAGAGAGACGGGACUAUCAUGGAUCCUCUGGGGAGACUCAACAACAACAUGAUGCUGACGAGGCAGAGCAGAGUCUCUCCACAUCAGAACAUCUCAAGAAACACCAGCAGAGACCCGCUAGGAAGAAAUCUAUUUGCUGCUCUGACUGUGGGAAACGUUGCAAAUCUUCAUCAGAUCUUAAAAUACACCAACGAGUACACACAGGAGAGAAACCAUACUGCUGCUCUGACUGCGGGAAAAGUUUCUCAAGAUCAAAUUCACUAAAAGUACACCUGAGAAUUCACACUGGAGAGAAAUCUCACCACUGUUUUGAUUGUGGGAAGAGUUACUUAAGAUUAAAAUCACUGAAAGUACACAUGAGAAUUCACACUGGAGAGAAACCUUACAGCUGUGAUCAAUGUGGGAAGAGUUUUACUCUAUCUAGCUAUCUGAUUAUACACCAGAGAACACAUACAGGAGAGAAACCGUACAGCUGUUCUCAAUGUGGGAAGAGUUUUACUCAGUCAAGCAACCUGUUAUCACACCAGAGAAAACACACAGGGGAGAAAUCUUAUAGCUGUACUCAAUGUGGGAAGAGUUUUACUCAGUCAAGCACCCUGUUAUCACACCAGAGAACACACACAGGAGAUAAACCUUAUUGCUGUGAUCAAUGUGGGAAGAGUUUUACUACAUCUAGCCAUCGGAUUGUACACCAGAGAACACACACAGGAGAGAAACCGUAUAGCUGUACUCAAUGUGGGAAGUGUUUUACUCACUUAUGCAGCCUGUUAUCACAUCAGAGAAAACACACAGGAGAGAAAUCUUAUAGCUGUACUCAAUGUGGGAAGAGUUUUACUCAGUCAAGCAACCUGGUAUCCCACCAGAGAACACACACAGGAGAGAAACCAUAUAGUUGUGAUCAAUGUGGGAAGAGUUUUACUUCAUCUAGCAGUCUUAUUGUACACCAGAGAACACACACAGGAGAGAAGCCUUAUAGCUGUGAUCAAUGUGAGAAGAGUUUUGUUACAUCUAGCCGUCUUAUUGUACACCAGAGAACACACACAGGAGAGAAGCCUCAUAGCUGUGCUCAAUGUGACAGGAGAUACUCUGAUAAAAGAUCUCUGAUCAAACAUCAGAAAAUACAUACAUGAAGGAGUUGUUUCAUGAUAUUAAUGAAAUAAUGUCACAAUGUAGAAUGCUUUAACAUUGUAGAAAGAGUGUUUUAAUUAUGUCACAAUCUAGAUGCCUAAUCGUUUGCCCCGUGUUCUAUUGAUUUCAGCCUGAUAUGGAUAUUCGACUCAGGGGGGAAAUCCAGGCUCUGAUUUGAAAGAGUACUAUUUAUGUGAUUUAACAAAAAGUGACUGACACAAAAAGAGCUGUGUAACACUUACCAUGUUGGUUACCCACUAGAAUCAAAAUGUAACACUUCAAAAUUUAGCGAUCUGCUUUAUACAAAUUGUCCUCUAACCAGGGAUGUACACAUUACUCCUAGAUUCCGUGAGGUUUUUGAGCUGUUAGUUUUAACAGGACGUGCAACCUUAUCUCCCCACUCUCACGCAAUUGAUUUCAACAUAUCGUUGAGUGAUGAAAAAUAAGUGUUGCGUUCCUUUGUUAAGCGGCCCCUACAUUUUAAAUGCAUCACUCCAAAAUGUAGCUGACUGUCUUCUGCAGGUUGUCCUGUAACCAGUGAGGUAAAAGAUAUCUCCCAUUUCCAUGUGUUUUUUUUUUAGCUGUGUUAGUUUCAACAUCACGUACAACCUACUUUACCCCCUAAUCGAUUUCAGUGAUUUAUUGCUACUUGUCAAAACAACAGCGUUUCUGGUGUUUGUGCUGUUUAUAAGGAGCUUGUUUAAAAAAUUCAAGUAAUAUGAUUGUUGCAGAUUUUUGUAUUAAGUGAAUUAUUGCCAAUACAUAUUCAUGUACAUUUGGUUUUGAUAUUUCAUAUUUACAAUUCAUGUAACAUUUAGUAAUCUUAACUAUCAUAAUUAUUUAUGCAACCAGCUGACCAUUUUUGGGUACAAUUAUAUUGACAUUGUUGCCCUGCUUUUAGAAUAUCAGGGUUCAUUCUCAGAUGUGCCAACUCAAAUGUACUAGAGCAUGACAUUGGGGACUGGGCCCCGAUCCAACAACAUGCCUAUCAAGUGAACCCUGAAAAAGAGAGAGAGAGGCUCCGCAGUGAGGUGGAAAAUUACUACGGAUAUUGCCGGAGUUUCCUCUUGAAAUCAGACAUGUUAGUUUUAAGGAAAACUUGCUGAUUGUCUCACGGGUGGGCACUCAAAAUGUUUGUGUUUUGCAUUUAGCCAGUGCGUUACCAUGGAUCACAGUUUAUUUUGACUGCACAUUUUUCCGUAUUAAAGAUGAGUGUUGUUUGGUUCUAGAAGCUAGUGAGUUCUAGAAGCUAGUGAGUUCUAGAAGCUAGUGAGUUCUAGAAGCUAGUGAGUUCUAGAAGCUAGUGGGGGAAAACAUUUUUUACAUUUGUUUUAAUUGUUGAAAGCCAGUCGACAUCGUGUUCAUAUUGUGGAAGGUGAAGCAUUGUGGUUGAUUAUAAUUUCAAAAUUAGUUUUAGGAUUCUAGAAAGAAAAAGGAGAGAACUAAUAUGAUUGUAUAUUAUUAUUUAGACAUGUUUUUUCUUGUUUUUUUAGUUGUUGACAGCCAGUAGACACCAUGUUUAUAUUGGUGAAGGUGAAGCAUUUUAGUUGAUAUUAAUAUGAAAUGGAAGUUGUUUUCUGUUGGUGAUGAGAACUUGUCCAACAAAAAUAUAGGAUAUAUUUGUUGUCUUAAGGGGGAAGGCUUUGGUUUUUCCAUUCAUGUUUUGAGGUUGGACUUUAGCCCGUAUAGCUCAUUAGCACUGUGAGGGAAUUUUCUGUUAAACCUUACUAAUGCUUGUGUAGUAAAAUAUAAUUCUUUAAGCCGAGGCAUUGGGCUUGAGAUUGGUAAAGAACCUAACUCCUAUAACAUAGAAAAGUGUGUUGAUGUAGGCCUGUUCUAACUAAAUCAAAUUGUAUUUAUGUAGCCCUUCUUACAUAGCAAAGUGUUGUACAGAAACCCAGCCUAAAACCCGAAACGGCAAGCAAUACAGGUGUAGAAGCACGGUAGCUAGGAAAAACUCCCUAGAAAGGCCAAAAGCUUGGAAGAAACCUAGAGAGGAACCAGGCUAUGAAGGGUGGCCGGUCCUCUUCUGGCUGGGCCGGGUGGAGAUUAUAACAGAACAUGGCCAAGAUGUUCAAAUGUUCAGCAUGGUUAAAUAAUAAUAUAAUAAUUACAGUAGUUGUCGAGGGUGCAACAGGUCAGCACCUCAGGAGUAAAUGUCAGUUGGCUUUUCAUAGCCGAUCAUUGAGAGUAUCUCUACCGCUCCUGCUGUCUCUAGAGAGUUGAAAACAGCAGGUUUGGGACAGGUAGCACGUCCGGUGAACAGGUCAGGGUUCCAUAGCCACAGGCAGAACAGUUGAAACUGGAGCAGCAGAACGGCCAGGUGGACUGGGGACAGCAAGGAGUCAUCAUGCCAGGUAGUCCUGAGGCAUGGUCCUAGGGCUCAGGUCCUCAGAGAGAGCGAAAGAAAGAGAAUUAGAGAGAGCAUGCUUAAAUUCACACAGGACACCGGAUAAGACAGGAGAAAUACUCCAGAUAUAACAAACUGACCCUAGCCCCCCGAAACAAACUACUGCAGCAUAAAUACUGGAGGCUGAGACAUGAGGGGUCAGGAGACACUGUGGCCCCAUCCGAUUCUAACUGUUCUGGGUGUGUAGAAUGAACCCAUGAUGUUCGGACACUCAGCCAAGAAUAUGGUAGAAACUGACUGGUUCCUCUUGAUCCUCCACAGAGUAAAGGUUAUAUCCUGCACACCAGUAACAUAGCUAUUGUUUUGGAGCCUGUUUUUGGGGAAAUAUUCUGGUGGAGAAAUCAGAAUUAGCUAAGUAACAAAGUAACAUGGAUAGUUAAGAUGUAUUACCUGCAGAAUAUGCUGAUAUGAACUAUUGACCUCUUGUUAUUAGAAUGUCUCCUUUCUGACUCUGGUGUUGGCGGCUGCACUCUCCCCCUCAAAUGGGCCUCAGUCACUUUGGGUCCAGAGAGGGGAGAUGUCAGGCUUAUCGAUCACAUGUCCCUGUUUGCUAGGCAGAAUAUCAGUAUCGAUCACAUGUCCCUUUUGCUAGGCAGAAUAUCAGCAUCAAUCACAUGUCCCUGUUGCUAGGCAGAAUAUCAGCAGAGAGUAAGGCAAAGGAGAUCUGAAUGAAAAAUUGUUUCCAUAUGUGAACUGUGUGUUUAUUGCAAACCAUGUGAAGGGAUGGUGUGAGUAAUGGGAACCAAUCACUUGUCUCCACAGUGUCUGUGCGCCGGUCACCUCCACCUAGGGGGAGAUUGUAUUUGGGGCCCGAGGUCUGGCACAGGAUAUGUGGGAUUGGUGUUUGGAACCAUUGUACGUCAUCUCUGAAGUUGCACCUAUCCUGAGAUAGUAUAUAACCCAGAAGCAAGCCUCCUUGUUAUAACAAGUCUUUUAAUAAAAGUAAAACCUUGAUUGAUUAUUAACUUAGCCUCUCAUUAUUUAUUAUGGGUAGAAUUUCCACCACAGCACGUAGGGCGAACCGAUUGGUAUCACCUCUUUAGUCAGAAUGUGUUACACCUGUGCUGUCCGUCUUGUUAGAGUUGGGUGUUGCAUCCAAUUGUUAAUAUUGUAAUCAAUGACAUUUCCUUAGUGUGCUCAUUAGUCUUUCAGUUGUUAAUCUUCUGUUUUUUAUCCUCUUAUGUUUGUUGUGUAGUAGAUAUUUCUGUUUAUUUUCAUUGUUUUUUUAAUACAUUUAUUCCUGUGAAGACAUUGUGUUGCAGCCAUGUCUGAAAUGUGCUGUAUAAAUAAAGCUUGAUUUAAUUUGAA